AUGAAUAUUAGUAACGCAAGGGAGCAGUCGCACGAAGUUGGCCAUUUUAUAAAAGAGUGUCCUAAAUUGCAAAAGGAAGAUGUAAAAGCUUUCAUAUCAAUUGCCUUGUCCGCAACGGAAAUAGAACAAAUAUCAGAUGAUCAUAAAUCAUGGUAUCAAGAUAGUGGAGCAACACAUCACAUGACUGGAAAUCUAAGUUGGAUGUCAAAUCUCACAACGAUAGAAAAUUCUGCAACGAUAAUGUUAAGCGAUUCAACGAAACUAAAAUCAUAUAACAUGGGCGAUGUACACAUGACAGCUUGUAAUGGUAAGGAAUGGUAUCCCAUAGUACUUCAGCAAGUCUUGUAUGUACCAGAGUUAACAUUCAACCUUUUCUCGUUAACAACUGCGUUGGAUAAAGGAUACACUCAACAAGCAAAUGCAAGUCAGUCAAUUAUCCUUGAAAAUAACAAUCCAGUACUAAUAGCAGACAGAACAAAAGGAUUAUUUCGAAUGAGAGUAAGGAACAAUAAAGAUCAAUGUUUGACAGCUAUAUAA